AUGCAUACUGAAGCCAUUAACAAAACAGCUACAGCAAAAGGCAGCCUCAAGUAUUACCCUGGAGCACAAGCCUCAAGUAUUACUCCGGAGCACCAGCCCCAAGUAUUACCCCGAAGCACCAGCCUCAAGUAUUACCCCGGAGCACCAGCCCCAAGUAUUACCCCGGAGCACCAGCCCCAAGUACUACCCCGGAGCACAAGCCUCAAGUAUUACCCCGGAGCACCAGCCUCAAGUAUUACCCCGGAGCACCAGCCCCAAGUAGCCUCAAGUAUUACCCCGGAGCACCAGCCUCAAGUAUUACCCCGGAGCACCAGCCUCAAGUAUUACCCUACCCCGGAACACCAGCCCCAAGUAUUACCCCGGAGCACCAGCCCCAAGUAUUACCCCGGAGCACCAGCCCCAAGUAUUACCCCGGAGCACCAGGCCCAAGUAUUACCCCGGAGCACCAGCCCCAAGUAUUACCCCGGAGCACCAGCCCCAAGUAUUACCCCGGAGCACCAGGCCCAAGUAUUACCCCGGAACACCAGCCCCAAGUAUUACCCCGGAGCACCAGCCCCAAGUAUUACCCCGGAGCACCAGCCCCAAGUAUUACCCCGGAGCACCAGCCCCAAGUAUUACCCCGGAACACCAGCCCCAAGUAUUACCCCGGAGCACCAGCCCCAAGUAUUACCCCGGAACACCAGCCCCAAUAUUACCCCGGAGCACCAGCCCCAAGUAUUACCCCGGAACACCAGCCCCAAGUAUUACCCCGGAACACCAGCCCCAAGUAUUACCCCGGAGCACCAGCCCCAAGUAUUACCCCGGAACACCAGCCCCAAGUAUUACCCCGGAGCACCAGCCCCAAGUAUUACCCCGGAGCACCAGCCCCAAGUAUUACCCCGGAGCACCAGCCCCAAGUAUUACCCCGGAACAAGCGUUGACGAGGUAUUUGUCUGA